CGCUGUUACACCAACCGGAAGUUAGAGUGAGAGGGAGGCGGUGUCAAAGAUAAUUGUUUAUGAGGGAUCGUCUCACUAUUCAUACUAAAUAACGGACUUGUCGAGUUAUUUUAAACACGUUUCAUACUCAACAACAUUGACUGGUAAUGCUCGGAUCAGAUCGGUCUACGCUGUCGGAACUAAAGAUGACCGCCGCCAGUCAAGCAGAGAGGACUGUAUUGGAGGAAGAGUUUAAUUGGCUGCUUAAAGAAGAGGUGCAUUCAGUGCUGAAACAGCUGCAGGACAUUUUGAAGGAGGCAUCAAGGCGGUUUUCAAUGCCAUCGCCAUGUCUGGAAGGACAACUGAAACAAGAGAAUUUCAUUCUGGGCAGUUCUACGAUGGACCAAGUUAAAGGAGUCUUGACGCUACAAGGAGAAGCUCUAACUCAAGCUGAUGUUAAUAUCAAAGUUGCAAAGAGCAGUCAAGUCAUGCACUUUGCAUUCCGAGAUGAUAAACAGUGGAAAUUGCAGCAGAUCCAAGAUGCUCGAAACCACGUGAACCAGGCUCUGCAGUUACUAAGCACCCGCGAUGAGAGUUAUUAUUUCAGGACUGGGGCUGAAGUUAAUAAGCUUAUGGAUGCAGUGAUGCUACAACUGACCCGAGCCCGUAAUAGACUCACCACCCCAGCCAGCAUGACUCUUCCUGAGCUGGCCUCCAGCGGCUUAAUGAGAAUGUUCACACCUCCAAUGCCUGGGGACGUGAUGGUCAACUUCUACAUAAAUCUAAGCAAACUGUGUCUGACGGUGUACCAGCUACAUGUACUGCAGCCUAACACUACCAAGAACUUCAAACCAGCAGGAAGUUCAGUGCUGCAUAAUCCAGGAGCGAUGUUUGAAUACAACAACACUAAGUUUGAGGUCAGUCAUGUGCAUAAGGUGGAGUGUGUGGUGCCGUGGCUGAAUGACACUCUGGUGUUCUUCACCAUUUCCCUGCAACUCUGUCAGCAGCUCAAAGAUAAGAUUUCCGUGUUCUCUAGUUUCUGGAACUACAGACCCUUUUAAGUUGUAUGUAUCUGACCAAAACAUGAACUAUAAUAUAUUAUUAUGCUCUAGGAUGCAUUAGGAACAAAAAUGUGAACGGGUUCAACGAAGUGAUGUCUUGUGACCUUUACUAUAUGACUAAAUAUAUAUAUAUGUGUGUUUCGUUUAUUUACGUGAAGCACACAAAGGUUAUUGUUACUGUAUGUGUAAUGCAACAAGUGUAGUGGGUUGUGCAUGUAGAACAAAUGUUGAAUGCGUUCAUUUGAAACAAGCUUUCAGACGAAGGCAUUCAAAGACAAUUUGUUCCUUUGUGUUCGUACAGUAUUUGUUGUUUAUGUCAGUGUUGAUUUAUUUGUUUUGCUUAUUUAAGCUUAAACGAAAUGCUACACAAAGUUAAUGUUCCUAUUUGUUAAAAGGUCUUCUUCUUUUAUUUGUUGAGAGACCUCUAUACGUUCUUUAUACCUCUGUUUUUUGUCUUGAGUCCUGGGGUUGUACGUUUAAAACCCGAACACUAUAGUAUAUGCUUAUGGGAUAUUUAUGUAAUAUCUGGGACCGGGACCAUUGUCAAUGCAACAAACUAAAUGUAUUAAGAUCAUUAUCAUAAACCUCACUAUGCUUGAAUAUCAAUGUGCGUUAAUAACCAGCAGUGUAUUUUCCACUGUAUCUCAACAGUGGUAUGAUUAGUCUUUCAUAUUCCAGCAUUUUAUUAUCACAUUACACAUUCCUGAAGAUAAUAUCAUUAUGGAGCCAUACGUGGCAUUUAUAAUAGCAGUCAUUACAUAUUUUUUUCUGAUGCUUUGAGUUCCGUUCUGAAGUCUGCCUACAGAUUUGUUAAAGGUUUCUAUGUGAUUGUUUCUUAUUUGGUCUUUAUUUAUUGAUGUUUUCUGUUAUUUCCUGUUAAAUGCACUUAAGUUGUGUCCUUCGUGAUUUCAGUGAUGUAAUUUAGAUAUCUAUUUAAUGCAAACUGGCAAGCCAUUUUAAUGAUUUCUUGCUUAAUAGUAUUUUGUGCAAUAAACAUACUAUAUGAACACUA